GGGAGUACAGAUGGAGGAGAGAAGAAACCAAGGAAAGGGUCCAGGGGUUUAGAGAAAGUGAAAGAGAAGUUGUCCCUUUCUCCUUCCCAAAGCGAGGGCAUACUGGGAGGAACUACGGGCAUCACUCUGUUUUAUCUGGAAGUACUUGCAGGACCACUUGCUGCAAUUGCUGGAUGAUAACAACCAAGCUUGUCGGAUCACAUGGGACAAGGGCAUGCUGGAGGGAGAGGUUUGGGUGAAGUUGGGAGGGGACAAAGGGGGUUCGUGUAUGAAGGUCCAGGCACAGUUAUGCAACGUGCCCACACCAAACUCACCAAAGAACACAUCAGUUUUCACGGCAUUUGAAGCACCUGACACCUUCACGAAUCUCCAUAUAGCCCUUGAGCGUUAUAAGGAGCAGGUGAUCCAGCUCCAAUCACUGACCUGGAGUGGGAAGAGAGUGAGAGUCUUCCUCAGUGGGGAUUAUGAAUUCCUUUGCCGGAUGUAUGGUCUCUCUGGGGCUUCAGGUCGUCACUGCUGUCUCUGGUGUGAAAUAUCCAGUGACCAGCUAAGGACACCACUCCACACACGUGGGUACUCCCAGCCACGGACCUUGGACACCUUGAAGAGGGAUCACCAGCAGUUCCUACUGAGUGGUGGGAACAUAAAACAUGCCAAGAAAUUCAACAAUGUCAUACAGCCACACAUGUGGGAUAUACAAAUAGACCAGAUAUGUUUACCUGCACUACACAUAAGCCUGGGAAUAUUCUAUCGCCUGUACACACUACUGGAACAGGCAGCUCACCAGUUAGAUUUGCAAUUUGCACAGGAGAGGAGCGGUGGAGAGCUGGGCGGUGAAACGUUUGGCGAGUAUAGGGAAAAAAUUGAGAAACUCCACCAACUCACCGAGGAGAGAGAUGCCCACGUGCAGGCCAUAGCAGCGCUAGAGGAGUUGGUACCAAGAAUGGCUUUAACAGCCACUUCCGAAGAUUCUGCGCGUGCACAGAUCAACUAUGUUGAACAGGGCAUUACUGAGUGCAGGAAGAAGGCACACGAACUGGACAGAGAGAUUGAUAAGGUCAAGAGUGACAUAGAGAAAGGCUUCAGGAUGGAGGAAGGUCCUUUCAUCAUAGGCCUCGACAGAGCUCUCAAAGGCUUCAAUGUCCAACGUGAAGCCUACUAUGGUGGGACAUUUGUAGGCAACCAUGUUCAUAGGUGUCUCAAGGCUGAAAACAUCAACACACUGUGUCAAUCUGUGGUGACAGUGGCA